AUGUCGGCCACUACUACCUCUACCCACGGCCUCACGGUCACCGGCGUCCCCAAGAUGCCCUUCUGGCUCACCAUCCUCCGCAUCGUAGCCCUCGUUCUCUCCCUCGGCGUCCUCAUCGCAGCCGCCUACCAUCUCUCCCUCCUCGGCGGUUGGAGCCAGUACUACGUCGGCUCCAACCCAGCCGGCUUCCUCAUCUUUGACUCCAUCUUUACAUUCCUCAUCCUCGGAGGCAUGCUGGCUGCAGAGUUCUUUGCGCCUCACAUGUACCUCCGCCUCCUCUUUGUCGGCGCCCUCAUUCUUGACGCCAUCUUUUGGCUGUCUGCCUGGGCUUGGGCUGCUUCUUGGACUUCAAGUUACUACUCCAUCUACAACGCUGCUGGCUUUGGUCUGUAUGCCGAGCUGCAGGCUUGGGGUGCUUCUAUGCUUGCCGGCUCUGUUCUGGGCGCUUUCACUUGGGUCGUCAUCAUCGUCAUCACCGUCUUCUUCGUCAAGGCCUGCAUGGACUCUCCCCAAGACUCUUCCUUCUCCCCCAGGGCCCCAACCGACCCCGAGAUGGGCCCUCCCAAGCAAGAGGGCGUUUCCCAGCCCCAGUAUGCUUAG